AUGAAUCGGAAAGCCGUCCUAACACGUCACCCUUCAUUGAAUUUGAAUCGUCGCCGACCGUUCCUAGAGAGGCAGUCCCAUUGGCGAAGCCCAUCACGAUCACGUAUAGCAGAGUUGGCCGGUGAGACGACGGCAGAGUGCGUAGCGGUAUGUUGUUGUUGCCCGUGUGGGCUGAUGAACCUACUGGUACUUACAGUGUACAAGUUACCGGCAGGGCUAUGCCGGAAAGCAUUGAGGAAGAGAAAACUACGGAUGUUGAAGAAUGUGGGACUAUUGCCACAGCAACGGGGUUGCACUUGUGGUUAUGACGAGACCGAUCACUUACAGAUAUGCCCAAUGUCCAUGGAUGAGUGGCUGCCCAUGGUAGACAACAAGUCGGAUGAUUCGGAAAAGGAGGUUCUUGAGCUGGAGAAAGAGAUGUGGAAGAGGUUCUAUAGCACUGGGUUUUGGAGGAGCCCCUCGCAACGGGAAUAG